AUGUCUCAGGUCUACGACAACUGGGAGAGGUUGGUGUCAGCCGUGGUGAAGAGGGAGCAGAUCUGGCAACUCUGCCAUGAUCAUUCCAGAAGCCCCAGCAUCUGCUCCCAAUCUUCCGAUUUCAGUUCUGUCCUUUACGAUGAUGACUUGAUGACUUCUCCUCUUUACCAGGAACGCAGAGCACUUGGGAGAACCCAAGAACCAAUGCUGGAAACAAAUUUUGAUGAAAUCUUGGAAUCCGCGAAUCUAGACGGGCCUCUUGCAAGCGUUUGCCGACCUGAUGAGUUUGAGUGGAUUCAGCGAUACGAACCUGGCGUGUACGUUACACUUGUAUGGCUUAAAGACGGAAGCACAGACGUGGAGCGCGUGCGCUUCAGCCGGAGAAUAUUCAAGGCGCAAGAAGCAGAGGCCUGGUGGAUCAAGAAUCGAGAACAAGUUUAUUACAGAUAUAACGCUCGGGCUGGGCUAACCAGAAUACAACUUUUACGAGCUCCCGACAGCCGUCGUCAACAACUUCUUAGGAUGCGUGCGUUUGAUGGCGAAUACAUCUCUAUUGGGCAUUUAGUUCUCGGACAUCAUAACUUUUACGAGCGUCCGACAACCAGCGGCAGAGAGGACUGA